AAUUUAUAUAUUUUUAUGUCAUAAACGGUACUGACCUAGUUGUGAAAUCGGCAAGAAAAUAUUGACGACUUUUUUGUUUAAAAAAUUAAGAAAAUGGAACUUUAUGAUCAACAUGACGAUGGCCCUGGAUUUGUUGGGAUUAAAUUUUGCAAAGAAUGCAACAAUAUGCUGUAUCCAAAAGAAGACAAGGAGAGCAGAAAUCUUUUGUAUGCAUGUAGGAAUUGUGACUACCAGCAGAUAGCAGACAACCCUUGUAUAUAUGUAAACAAAAUCACCCAUGAAGUUGAUGAGUUGACCCAGAUAAUUGGAGAUGUGAUAGCAGACCCAACUCUCCCACGCACAGAACAACAUCCUUGUCCAAGAUGUAGUCACAAAGAAUCUGUCUUCUUUCAGUCUCAUAGUACAAGAGCAGAGGAGGGAAUGAGACUUUACUAUGUGUGUACCAACCCACAAUGUGUACAUAGGUGGACUGAAUAAGUGGAAGAAAACAGGUGUUUGAUUAAUCUACAGAUCUUUUGGAGCUGAAGAGUAUAAAUAACACAGGGACUCUUAAAAUUGUGAAAUUUGUUCAGCUGAUGUAGAAACAGGAACAUGCUGUGUAACUGCAUUAGUUUAUUACACCAGUGAACAGCCUCUGCUGUAUUUAUCAGGAUACUGAUUUCAAUGCACAACAGACUUUUGCUACAUUGCAGUACAAUUUUAGAUAUUUGAGAGACCAGUAUGUGAAGGGUCAUAUUUUUAGUAUUCCUAUUUUGAAAAAUCUGUUCAUUAAAAUUCAUUCAUGUACUGAUUUUUUCAUGUUCCAGCCAGUGGCUAGGGAUGAAGUUAUAGCAGUUAGGAACUGCAAUUUCUUUUUCAGGAACAUUUUCCAUUUUAUUUCUUGUAAAUUCUUAACUUUAUUAUCUCUUACAUGAUAUACAUUUUGUAUGUACUGGAGAUCCAGUAUGGCUUUUUACAGAAUAAGCUUCAUGUUCAGUACUAAAAAUCCUUUAUUAUUUAUUUUUCCAGCAAAAGUAAAAGUAUUUUUAAUAAUAUUUGAAUACAGUACUAACGGUAUAUGAAAAAGUUACUACAUUUAUCAACCAGCCAUUGCAUGAAAAAUCAUAACAAACAGACUUCCUAUCAGUUAACUUGUUUAUAGUGUAAAUGUGUAAUUUAUAAAUGAAGCUUCACAGUGUGCAUUUGGCUAAUUUGAACACCUUAUUGCAACACAAUUUUGUAAGGUACAAUUGUAUUUUCUCCAUUUUGAAUGUUAAAAUAGUUCCAGUAAUUAAUAUGUACAUUUAUUUCAACAUUGUUCAAUAAAGCGUUCAACAACAA